AUUUCUGAAAAGUAGAACGCCAAAUUGAUCAAACAUCUAAAAAUUGCCUGCCCAAAAAUGUGAGCCCUAUGCUUGAAGGUGUUACAGCAUGUUCUCUCUCUAUCUCACUCUAAUCUACAGAACAAUGGCAAUGUGAUAACGACUCUGUAAAGCUAGAUCACAUGUUAAGGUAACUCCUGAUACUUUCUUGUAAUGAAGAAAAGCAUGACUACAAGACCAAAAGUUCCUCAAACAAACGGCUGUCAGCCAAAACAUGACAGAGCAGAGCAUGGAUUUCACUUCCCGCAUCUUCACUUCAUCUUCCCUCUUCUUCUUCUUCUUCUUCUUUUAUUUAUCUUCCCAGCCUUGGAGCCAUCCAUUAUCACAAGAACAGCCUCUAUAAUGAAGCAAAGGAGGGUGAUUCUCAUUGCGCUGCCAUCUCUUGUUCUCUUCCUCUUUUUCUUUUUCUACAUCUUGUUCAACAUCAGAGUGAAAUCACUUCUCCUAGCUUCAUCCAACAACCAUUCCAUUACACUCACCAAAACACCUCAUACAGAAACCAAAUUUAGCAUCCUGAUCGGAAUCUUAACCCGCCCGGAUAACUAUGAUCGCCGCCAUUUCCUUCGCCUUGUCUAUGGAAUCCAAUCAUCUUCGAUAGCUGAAAUUGAUGUAAAGUUUGUAUUUUGCAAUCUCACAAAGCCUGAACAAAGGGUACUCAUAGCUCUAGAAAUCCUUCGUUUCAACGACAUCAUCAUUCUUGAUUGCAUUGAGAAUAUGAACAAUGGCAAGACCUAUGCAUACUUCUCUUCACUCCCGCAUAUCCUACCAAGACAUUAUGACUAUGUCAUGAAAGCUGAUGAUGAUGUUUUCAUUAGGCUUGAGCCAUUGUCUUUGUCACUAAAGCCACUACCAUGGCAAGACUUGUAUUAUGGUUUUGUAAUCCCUUGCAAUAGCAUGAAUCCCUUUGCGGAUUACAUGUCAGGGAUGGGGUUUUUGCUGUCCUGGGACCUUGUUGAAUGGAUUGGCAAGUCUGAAAUCCCUGCGAAUGACACAGUUGGGCCAGAAGACAAGAUGGUUGGGAAAUGGUUUAAGAUGGGAAACAAGGCCAAAAACAGGUUCUCCAACAAGCCUGCAAUGUAUGAUUAUCCAGGAACAAAUGGGAGGUGCUCGCAUGAGCUCAUACCAGAAACUGUGGCAGUUCAUAGACUUAAGAGGUGGGAUCAAUGGCUGAAUGUGCUUGAAUUCUUUAAUGUAACUAAACAACUUAACAACUCCAAAUUAUAUCAUGUAUGAUUUUUUGUUUUUUUGGACGAAUCAUGUAUGAUUGAUCUUGAAGGAGAACUGGGAAUCCAUAGCACGACAUCUUGUAAGAUUUGUAGCACAAUGGUAAAAGGGCACGCGCCUCGCUCAUAGUACGUGCUAGAAUCAUGUACUUGAAUUGAAAACACAUCUUAAUUUCUUUUCU